AUGUUGCUUCAUCUUCUCCUAACUCUGCUUGCUACCUCACCAGGUCUUGGAGAUUACUGUCUUGAGGGUGUUGUCGCUGACAAUUGCGACAAUUUGGACGCAAUUAUCAAAAGGCUCUUCACCAAUUACUCACGUUAUGAACGACCGAAACCACGACGCCAUUGUGAAGCCGACAAUACCACAACAGAUACGGUUUUUGUGGAGAUAAACUUCUUUAUUAAUGCAAUCAGUGCUGUGAAUAUUGUUGACAUGGAUUUUAGGUUAGAUUUUCUUCUCCGCCAACGUUGGUAUGAUCCACGUCUGGAUGUUGCCGAUCGUUACAACUACAGUGAGGUGCCAAUACACCUCCACAUGCGUGAUAUUUGGUUGCCCGAUCUUUUCUUCCGCAAUUCCAAGUCCUCCACCCCACACUCUCUCACCACACCCAAUACCCUGGCCUGGAUCACCUCCAACGGUAUGAUAACUUAUAGUCAAAAAUUGACACUCGGGCUGUUCUGUCAUAUGCAGUUGUGGGAUUUUCCUAUGGAUACACAAUACUGCUCGGCCAACGUUGGAAGUUAUGGCUAUUCAACGCGUGAUUUGGAAUUUCGAUGGUGGAAUGAGGGUGGAUAUGAUAGGAGUGGGCGCAAACGCAGCGGACCGGUGCUGAAUGCAGCCGUUCAACUUGAAGAUAGUCAAUUAAAUGAAUUCAUCGUAAUCAACCACACCUGUACCUACUGCGAUCGGAAUUACAAAACAACCGGCAGUUUCACCUGUCUGAAUGUGGCAUUUCAGUUGAGUCGUAAAUUUGGCUUCUACCUCAUCUAUGCCUACUUGCCGUCCCUACUGGUGGUGCUAAUCGCGUGGAUGUCAUUCCUCAUUGACUUUGAGGCGACAGCUGCUAGAACCUCGCUUGGUCUGCUAACCGUCCUCUCCUUAAUCACUCAAAGCGCUGCCGUAUUGUCCCAACUCCCCAGAGUUUCCUACAUCAAAGCAAUUGAUAUAUGGUUUUUUACCUGUUUUUCUUUUGUGGUUGGAGCUCUGUUAGAAUUUUCUUUUGUCAACACAGCCGCCAGAAAGGAGGCUAAAUUACGCGAAAGAGGAAGACUUCUCUCCACUGACCUCUCAGUAGUAGGUCAUGCAGAAAAUGAAGCCUUAAAUAGACGAAAAGCACGAAAAUGGGUGUCAGUGCGGUUGUCAAGCCGUGCGAGGAUCUACUGCCUGACUGCCAGAUGUCUGGAUCGGGUGUCUGCAAUUGUGUAUCCACUCUGUUUCCUCCUCUUCAACAUCAUCUACUGGUUGGUAUAUCUACACUAA